AUGCCACGGGAUUGGACACUCGCAUCUACCGGAAGUGCACCCUUGAGAAUCCUCCAAAUCAGCACAGAUAUCUUUGGAGGGAUUUUGACACUCCAGAUUUUAUCUUCCCAGGUUGUGCUGGGCCUGCGCACCCUAAUGCUAUCCCAGGCUGAUGCAACGGUGAAAGUACCUGAAGGGUUACUCGGCCAGAAAGGUGAAUCAGGUCCUUCAGAUAAACAAUGCCCCCCUUGGAAGAUGGAGUCAAGGUCCUGUUGGGACAGAAUGGUAAGAACCGCUGAAGGCGGAAGCGGGCCGGAUUUAUCAAGAAAAUCUUUGAUUCGAAGGGUUCUUGUAAUCCAUGGUUAUAUGCAAUCUGCGUCCGACCAACUCAGUGGAGCUGUCAAGCUGGGCCCAUUUCUACUCCAAUACAUGCUAUUUAUAUCUCUGUGGUACAGCCCAUUUGUAACCAUCGAGUCCAGUGCAGUACAAGGCAUGGCUGAUGAAGAUGUAGCUGCCCUUCAUCAUCCCCUCAAGGAUGACCCCCACCUCCUCCAAGGAAUCAUCCAUAAUGGCCUUUUCCCCUUCGAGACUCCCUUUCACGUAGCAUUGGCAGAAGGGUGCGUUGCUCGCGCUACUGAGAUGCUACGAGAGAAUCCAGCACUCGCACAUGAACCUAACAGAAGUGGGUCUUACCCUUUGCAUGUAGCUUCGGCCAGAGACUACCAAGGCAUAGUAGUUCAGUUAUUGAAGAUCCGCCCUUCUCUCUGUCUCCUCCAUGACAAGGAAGGAAGAACUCCUCUCCAUUUGGCUGCUUUGAAUCAGAAAAUUGGCGUGUUGGAGCUGCUUCAUCCGGUUCAUACCAAGCAGAAAAACAUCCGUAAGUCACUUGAUGGAGAUGAUACUGCUGGAGGAGAACAAAUUUUACACUUCUGCAUAAAGAAUAACCUUUUAGAUGUCGCCGAAUUUUUGGUAGAAAAGGACGAAAAGCUUAUGAAGACCAAGGACGUCAACGGCAACACGGUGUUCCACCUCCUCGCUUUGGCUACAGAAGAUACUCAGAAGGAGAGAAGGAAACAGCUUGCUGCUCGAGUAUUGAUAUCAGAUCUGACAGAUCCCAACUCUUUUGUUCUCUUUCAGAUGUUGGAUUUUCUGCUUGAGAAGAAAGACGUGAAGGAUGUCUUGAACGUAAAAAAUAAAUAUGGCUACACUGCCUUUGAUAUCUCACAAAGAAACAGCCCCCCUAACACCAUAAUCAGCGAUAAGAUUCAAAAUGCAGGAGGCAGGGGAAGCUUUUCAUUGAACUGGAACAUUUGGUACCCGAAAGACCAAGCCUGGACAAAUGAAAUGAACAACACAUUGAUGGUGGUGGCGACACUGAUUGUAGCAGUUACAUUCCAGGCUGCAAUCAACCCUCCUGGAGGUGUCUGGCAGGAUAUACCAGAUACCAAUUCAGCUUCUCCAGCGCCAUCUCCCAAGCAUUCCAUUGAUCCUUCUCGUGUUGUACUUGGGACAGCCAUUCAUAAUAACAUCAACCUUACUUUGUUCAAAAUAUUCAUGUACUUCGACACCAUCGCGUUCUCUGCAGCUCUGUCAAUCAUUCUAUCUCUUCUGAGUGGGUUUUCACUUAGGCGCCGGUUUACAACUUGGGUCAUGGUGAUCAGCAUGUGGGCUACACUGUUCUCUAUGGGUAUGGCUUUUGCAUUUGGCACACUGACCGUCGUUCAUAAGGACGCCCUUAGAAAAAUACCUUAUGUUCUAUAUAGUUGGUUGGGAACCAUUGUCCUAGUUCUAUUAUACCACUGUGUCAUCUUUGUAGUCUGUUUGGAGGAUAAAAUCAAGAAGUGUUGGGUGGACAUAAUGAUAAUGCUGGGAAUAAAGAAGGACAUGACCAGUGACCAAGAGAAGAAAGAAACAUCAGAUGACCAUAAAUUCCAUCACAAGGAGAUGAUGGCUUGAGUGAUAAGGGCGUGCUUGAAGUCUAUAGAUUUUAUGUGGUGUAAUGAUGUAUGUGUGUACUCUUUUCAUGUCUUUCUUAGUGUAGUUUUUGCUGUUAGUAGACAAGGACUAUACGUAUAAACAGCAGUAGCAAGGGUUUAAAACUCGAAAAUUU